UAGUCAUCGGGUGCGUCCAGGGAGGACCACUGUUGAUCGGCAGAGGAGCGUCUUGCGUGUCUCCCUCCUGUCUCCGGUGGAUUUGGACUGACAGGGACAGAGACAGAGUCUGGGAUCAGGAUCUUUAGUUCUCCUCCUUCAGCCCCGGCAUGGACGUUUUCCUGGAUACCUGCGGAGGGCGGAGAGCCGCGGUCCUGCUGAUGCUAUACAGCGUGGUGGUGAAGGCAGCAGCCGACUGUGCUAAACCUCUGGGAGGGGAAAACACUGUCUUAACCAACGCAGCCCUUCUCAUGAAUACUUUUCCAGAGGGUGUGGAGGUCACUUUAGAAUGUGCUAAGGGAUUUGUUUUUGAAAGUGGCUCUGGGAAGAUUACCUGCAAUGAUAAUAAUUGGACUGAACCCGAUCUCAUCUGCAAAAAGAAGGACUGUGGUCCCCCUAAACCUCAGCCCAAUAUGAGCUUUAAUACCAGCGCUGGGACCCUGUUCGGUGCUGUUAUAGCAGUAGUUUGUCAUAAAGGAUUCGAGGUCUCUGGAUCAGGCUACAAACAGUGCUAUGCUAAAGGGUGGAGUGGAAGAGCCGUCUGUGAACUUGUAACAUGUGGUGAACCUGCCAAAGUGACCAACGGCACAAGCUCGUGGGAUUAUCAAGACUACCCAAAAUAUGGAGAAAUCAUACACUACGUCUGCAACAAAGGAUUCACCCUGGUUGGGAACAACAGCGUGAUGUGCAGCGAAACUGGUGGAUACGAUCCUCAGCCACCCACAUGCCAAGGUGUGACAACAGAAUCUAUAACUAUAACAAACAUGGCAACAACAGCAUCUCCAGCAAAAGUGUCCACAUCUACUGAUCCACCUGCCACACCCAGAACUCACAGAGAUAAAACUGUCUCAACAAGUGCAACACCAGCUGUCUCACCUUCAGUACGAGGUGGCAGAGACAUUUCGACAGCUGAGGAUGAAGCCACAACGACCAGUGGGACAUCAACGACAUCAACUCCACUCUACACAGACAAACCUGGUGAGACUGUGGAUACUAACAAGGAAAUUGGAUAUUUUCCUGUUAUAAUCAGUGUGGUAUGCGUCUUUUUAGCUGUGUGUAUAAUUGCGCUGUUUUUACACAAGUAUCUUCUGAAGAGAAAAGGCUCAUAUGACACCAGAGAAGACCUGAAGCCGGAGUUAUUACUCUUCCAAAAUCUUUAGAUUGCCGGCCCGACUAAGCUCUGCAAAUGGAAUAGUGCGUAUCUAUUAAGGAGAAUCUGUGACCCAGGAGGGACAUGCCAAAUAAACUGAAAACAGAAAGCAGUCUCUCUCUGAGUCGAUGGAGGGAAAAAAAGACAACUCACUUCAAUCUUAUUGCACUUCAAAUGGCAAAUCUGUUUGAGCAUCAUAAUUUAAAUCAACGUCCACUGAUGAAAAGCACUUUUUUAAUGAUUAUUUUAUUGCCACUUAAAUUGUAAAUAUCCCAUGUCACUAUAGUAUUACUGUUUGUACAUUAAUUAUUUAAUAAACUUGAAUAAUCUC